AUGGAUUUUUGCUUCUUUCUCCCCGUCAUCUUCGGCUGUCCGACCAAGAUCAAGCAGGAGGGUGACGGCAGUGCUCGCGUCUGUCCGCGAUGCCAAAACGCCCAAGUCGUCCAAGCCAAAGCUCGCACCUGGUUCGAACUCUGCUGGAUUCCCCUGAUUCCGAUGAAGUCGAAACACAUCUACUACUGCAACAUCUGCCAGUGGCAGGCUGCGCAGGAUGGCGGCUUCCAGCCCCAGGUGGCAGGAGGUGGAUUCGGCGGUCAUCAGGGUCAUCAACAGCCGCAGCAGUAUGGAUAUGGUCCGCCGCAGGGUGGUCAGGGUGGUUAUGGUCCGCCGCAGGGAUACGGUUACCCACCACCGAAGCACUGA